AAAAUAAUUACGACAAGUAUUAAACUAUAAAUCAUUAUUAGUUUUCUAAUUAGCAAUUCGCUGUUAAUACGAGUAUCAUCAAGCUAUUAAAUAAUUAUUUAGAAAAUACCAUAUUUUCCUUCGAUGCUGGUUUGACCAUCAUGAAAAUAUAUAUUCUGCUGUGCGUAGUGGCACUGACUUUUAUACCAGCCACUCUAGCGCACGCUGGCGCGCCUGUGAACAUUGUAAUCACAGUAUUGUAUUACUGCGACGAAAACGGAGACAAAGUAUUGGUAGCAGGCAAAGUAGAUAAGGAAAUCCAACGUAUAAUACUGGAUUACUUACAUACAGAUAAGCCAGUGAAGAUUGUACCUGUUUAUGAAGACAUAUCCGAGGUCCCACCUGUUGAGGUACUUGAUGAGAAAAUACAAGAAAAACACAAAAACAUCUUUAUGACGUUUGUACCAACAAAGAAGAUCAGAGAGAUAGCAGAAGAAAAGGAACGACUAUUCAGGCCAGAAUUUUUGGCUGAACUUAGACAGAAGAGAGUAAACAGUUUUGCUACAGGUUUGAGAAACCUGAUUGAAGAGGCAGCCGAAUAUAAAUUGAACGAUGUUGUGGAGUGGAAUAAACGUUUUCAGAUAGGUAAAUUUUCUUCAUUGAUUCUACAAUCUUCUAUUCCGAAUGCCGUAUACUUCUCAAUCAGUCGCACGUAAAUAGUUUUUCAAUAAACAUUUCAAGGACUUUUAA